CUCUUUGCUUUAUUCUCUGUGUGAGCACAUGGGGUCAUAGUAAACCGUUUCUAAUUUUUGUUUUAUGCAAAUAGUAGAUUUUUCCUGCACUUCUUUUUUUCUAGGGAUUCUUUAAAGAGUUAAAAUACUGGUUUUUGAUUUCUUAAAAUUGAAUAAAUCUGUGGAAGAAGAGGAAACUAUGUCAUAUAUAUAAUUAAAGAGUUAGUUUUGUGCAAAUAAGGAACUCAUGUCAGCGACAGAUUAUAGAAACUCAUGUCAGAGACAACCUAUUUAAAGUACUUUCUGUGUUGUUUUGAUGAAGAUCAAGUAAGUGCAUUUAGUUGAUACUGUGGUGAAUGUUAAGCCAAUCAGCAUGAAAGUUUACUGUGGAGAAGCACACUUCACAUUUCCUUACCCACCACGCCAGAUCAGUGUCCAUAUUUUAGUCACAUAAAUAGUAAUGCCCCAGUUAAUCCAAUCACAUUUAGAAGAAAAAUUAAUUUAUAUCAUUGCUUUGAGUUUAUUCAGUUUUUUUGGGAUUAUAAUUAAUUCCAACAGUUAUUACAUUUUAUUCAGUUGCAUUUUUUUAAAAAAAAGAACCAAAUACAGCCUUAAUGUCAUACGUUUAACCCAUACCCGCCUACUACCGCUUCAACCCCGUAACGGCCAAACGCGGCUUCAAGAUAUACUGCUCAGGCGUUGCUGUACUGCAACGGAACUACCGCCUUUAAGACUUUUGACUGUAAAUAAAAAUGAUUGACCAAAUUUUUAAAAAAAUUUCCGAACGCCUUUCUAUUCAAUUAUUAACAUCGGCAAACUAGGAAGUCCAUCAACUUAAAAACAUUGUUAUUCAAAAUGAAUGCUCAAUUGAGAAGUUCAGUUCAAGCAUACAGAUUUCAAUAAAAGGGCUGUGCACAAAAAUAGACUGAACCUCAACAUUGACAGGAUCUUUGUUAGGAGGGCAUGAGGAUUUUUUUUUUUUAAAGGGUAUAAAAAACAAUGAUGGGGCAGGAAGGGGGGAGGGGGGGGGGAAACAUCCAAUAAAAUGAAGUGACACAAAAAGUUAAAAUAUCAGUUAGUAAAAAGUAUCAAUCCCAAAAAUGGGAGGGGGUUUGGGCAAAAAAUAUAAAGGGUAUAAAAAACAAUGAUGGGGCAGGAAGGGGGGAGGGGGGGGGGAAACAUCCAAUAAAAUGAAGUGACACAAAAAGUUAAAAUAUCAGUUAGUCAAAAGUAUCAAUCCCAAAAAUGGGCGGAGGUUUGGGCAAAAAAUGACAUGGGGAAAUCAGGGAUGGUAAAAAAAACAAAGUUUAUGCGUGCCAAGGACACAUCACUUGUGCCAAGGACACAUCACUCGCUAUUGAAAAAGUUAAAGCUAUUUUAUUGUAUGCCAUUAUUUCUCUUCAUGUUCAGUCCAGUGAGGAAACAGUCGCCCGUGAACUAAAGCAAGAGGAGGUCAAAAUGUCUUCGCCCGUCAAGCAAACAGUUGUAGAGGAGCAACCGCUUGCGCCCGUAGCUGCCUCCGUGGCUUCAGAUUCUAACACUGUAGAGCAGCAACCCUCUUCGGUGACCAUGACAUCUGAAGAGUGUUCACGGGGUGCUCAGAAAAAUGAACCGGAGGUGCUUGCUCAAAGCAGGUUUGUUUGGUUUUUUUUAGAGAGCAUUAAAAUGUUACAAUUAUUGGAAAAACAAUAUAACUGGUUAAAUUUAAUUGAUUGAAAUGAUUAGGGUUGAUUGAAGGAAGGAGAAAAAAAAGGACUUUUUUUUUUUUUUUUAAAUCUAUUUAUUCAUUGUUACAUUAAAGCAAAUAAUGGACCUGAUUCAGAAGGGUGUGUUAAAAAUGUGUCAAAUUUCAGCAAUCCCGAUGAGAAGAAUGUGUCGGUAGUUGACAGUAAGAGCGAGGAUAAUUUCAAGCCAAACACCAUUGUACCUCACAAUACACCGGUAGCAGCAGACUCUGGCCAAGGAUCCCCGACUUUGAAAGUAAGAGAGAAUGUCCACAUUGUCCUUGCAUUUAUAAGUAAUACCGAUCUCUUCAUAUCAUUCAAUAAACAUUGAUUUACGCAAAUGUCAAAGAGAUUUUUGUUAAACAAGAGCCAGUCUGAACAUGCUUAACGGAUUGUGUGGCUUUAUGAAGGGAAAAAAAAAAUUCCAAUUGUUGUCAACAGAGCAGCACAGAAAGUCUUAGUGAUGAGCCAACGGUAAAGGUGGAAGAAACAAGUUUGGAGCAUCCAGCAGCUGCGGUUGUAUCCUGUCCCAAUAAAAACUCCAACUCUUCCAAUAAAGCUGAAUCCGAAAUCAAACAAAACGGAUCUACAACGGCUAAGCCGGCGAAGGAAGUGAAGAAGGAAGAAAAGAAAGAAGAAAAAAAGAAAAGCAAGAAGAAAGAAGACAAAAGCAUUGGUAAGUCUGAUAUGAAUCGGCAACGAAAAAAAGUAACAAGCAUUUUCCUUCACCUCCCCCCCUCCCUCCCCCAACACCGCUGUUUUCUCCCCUAUCUUCUCAGACACCAAUAAUAUGUAUAAAAAAUAUCAUCGUUGUCAAAAUGACAGUUUAUUUAUGAUUAAUCAUUGAAAGCAAUCUUAGGGAUAUUAAAAGCUGAUAAUAACAUGACUACUUUUUUCAGUCUCACCCAGAACAAAGCGAUUUACUUCUCCACAGUACCUCCACAACAGCUAGUGAGGUUAACGUGACUGUUACAUAUAUUGCCACUUCACAUUUUCAAGCACCACAGCACAUUCCAAUAUUCCACUACGGCACAUUCCAGUAUGUCACCGUCUGCUCAAAAUCUUCAGCUCACCCUCAACGCAAACCCCUCCUCAUUGAAUUCAUUCUAUAUGGAUGGCCCCACUCCAAGACAAGGUGGAAAAAAGAGAUGGAUAAAAAAAAAAUUGUUACAAUAAUGAAACUAUAAGUUAUAAGAGUGUUUAAAUUUACUUAACGUACAUCAGCCUUUCGGUCCUUUCUCACUUUGCAGACUACAUCUUGAGAGCACUGAACAGCCUCCAGAGUCCGGAGGAGAAGUUAGCAGCCUUAUGUAAAAAAUAUGCAGAUCUUCACGAGGAGCAUCGUGUGCUGCAAACGUCAUUUAAAACUCAGCAAAGAACCAUGGCCAUGGUGGGGAACAUUUUUAACACCGUUCCAACUUAGUUUAGGAACUAAAAUUGUAAUUCCUUUCAAAACUGGUUAUUUAAUUUGAAAUUGUGAUUACGCAUUAAGCACUUGUGAGCCUAAAAAUACAAAUUACACAUUUUUUAAUCAUUAAUUUUAAAAAAAUAAUUCAAUUUCAAGUAUGACCAACAAUUUAUUUAACUAAAUACUUAAAAAAUACAAUAACAAAUAUAAAGAUAUGUGGGACAGUGUGUGGCAGGAUAUUAUUCUACUAAAACACUAAUGCCUGUAGACGUAAAUCAAUGGAUGUCUGUCACAGCCUGUGGUGUUUUAGUAGAAUACUGAUAAUUCAAGUAUUAUUUCCCCUCAAAGACACCUAUACACUUAGCAAAUUAUAAUCGUGAUUGAUAAUUGUGUGAUUAAGGAUACUUUGAAAUGUGGUCUUGUAGAUAAUGAGGGAGAAGGACCAGAUCCAGUCGGAGCACACCAAGGCAAUUAUGGCCAAAAGCAAGCUAGAGUCCCUGUGUAGAGAGCUGCAGAAGCACAACAAAAUUAUCAAGGUAAAUUUAAUAUCUUUUUUUUUUUAUUACUUUGAGAUGGCUCAUUAUAAGCUUUAGAAUGAUAACUGUAUGUUAAGUAGGUUCAACUUGUAAAAGAUGUCUGUAUUAAGUUUUCUGUCAAAACUGAGAUGGCUAAGCUUUUGUAUCUAUUAUCUUGCCUUUUCCCCUGUCCAGUUAAGCUAAAAUAAUUAAAUAAUCAGUGCUUUUUUUAAUAUUUUUUUUUUGGUCACAGAAUUCUGAAAAGUGGCCUUCAAAUAUCUAAUUUUUUUUACAAAAAUUCAAAUUAAAUUAUGGGUAUCUAUAAUAUGUAUUUUUUUUUAAUUAUCUAAACAAAUGAAAGAUCCAGCACCUUUCUUCUUACAGAAUAAGCACUGUAACUAACAAACAAAUAAUAAUGUAUUGUAGCAAAAACAUAAUGUACUGUAGCUAACAAAUAAUGUACUGUAGCUAACAAAUAAUGUACUAUGUCUUACAAAUAAUGUACUGUAACUAACAAAUAAUCUACUGCUGUCGGUAAAUUUAUGUUGUUAAAAAUACAGAUUUCUUCAGUUUUGUAGCCCACAAUCAUUUGUGUUAAAUAAGACACACUGCAAAUCACAGGGGCCAUGGGAAUUACUUUUAUCCUGCUUUCAAGGGAUAGCUUCUGUAUAGUGUUAUUAUCAUUCAAUGCUUGUCUGUACAUCCUCUCUCUGAACCCAUGAUUUAUAUUUUUUUAAAGGUGUCAUAAUCAUCUUAUUAGGUCCAAUAACUGAACAGUGUAAUUUUCUGUUAUCAUUUUUUCCUGCCCUCUCCAAGGAUGAAAGCAUCAAAAGAGCCAAAGAGGAUGAUGAGAAGAGAAAAGAAAUCUCUGCCCAGUUUAAUGUAAGAUUAUCUUGUCAGCAAUGCAGAAGCUUAAAAAACAAAUUUAAACAUAACGCUCUAAAUACAUGAGGCAACUUAUGUUUGUAUUUAAAUUGUACUGUCUCAUAUUUAAUUUGAUGAUAAUUGCCUCAUUAGUUACUAUCUUAAAAUCUAUUUUCGCUCCACGUCAUCUUUCCAACCCAUGACCAAAAUAUAUAUCGCUUGAGAUCUAACCCGACCUCGGUCCAUCCGCAGCACACUAUCGGGGAGAUCCAGUCCCAGAUGACAGACAACAGCGAGAGGAACUCAAAGCUGAGGCAGGAGAAUGAGAACCUUGCGGCUCAGCUGAGGACGUUUAUCAAACAGUGUGAAGUGCGCGACCUGGUGAGUAAGGCGUCGCAUCAUUGACUGUGUCGCUUGUGUCCAUGUGUACGUCCUCGGGUAUUGGCUUAAUUCUGGCGGAACGAAUAGUAAAGCUAAGUGAAUAGUGCUUAACGCUUGCAGCACCGAUGGCCGUUAACACAGCCCCGAUGGCAUUUCAACACUUACAACACCGAUGGCAUUGAAUUGGUGUGACCAAUCAUGAACUGGAAAAAACAGGACACACUCAGGGGUGGGGGAUACCCUCCAGCUAAAUAGGGGUCCGGAGGCCUCCGCUGGAAACUAUUUAUUGAAAUAUGCUCAUUUGAACUAUUUUGAGACCUAGAAAUCUUUUGAAAUUACCUUCACUUUUGUAAUUUAAUUUAAACCCUGAAGCGUGUAAACGAAAACAAUAAUUUUGAAGUGAAUACUUAUUUAUUUAUUCAUAUUUUAGAACACAAUACAACACAAAAAAUUAAAUGUCUCUGGUCUAGGAUUUAAAUUUCAGAUAUUUGGCUGUUGAACCAGCCAUUGUUAAAACCUCCUUCUUAUCUAAUAUGUGAAAAUGUGUUUGGUUUUAGAAAUGGGACAUUUAGGCAUCCGAGAGACUUUUUCGGGACACCGGGUACGAUCUUGAAAAAACUUGACAAUCCUGUUUUUACGGGACGUUCGGAAACCCUAUAUUUAAACACUUACAGCACUGAUGGCAUUUCAACACUUAGAGCAUUGAUGGGUUCUUUUGGAACUGAUGAUAGCUUUUCUUUCAUAACACAUCUAACAAUUGCUUAAAAAGUUAUUUUUAUGUACCUUGAAAAAAUUUUUUAUUUUUUUUUAACUUUGAGAUGUUUUUGUAGAGAUAGAAGAGAAUUUCAGCAUAAAGUGUUUAUCCAUUUAAAACUGUAGCGCAAAAAUGUUAAUAAAAAUCCACUAACAACAGUAUUUUUUAUAAUUUUCAUUUUCUACUUGACCUUAUUUAUUAGCUACCAGAUGUUCAUAGGCCAUUCUCAAAUGAUUAAAAUUUUCUCUGCUCAGAGCUAUUCUUUUCUCCUCAUUCCAGUUAUUGACAUUUCUAGAAUUCUUUUUGGGAAGGUCCCUUCUCCAUGUGUUGUUGCUUUUUACCCACGCUACGUACAGCUGCUACAAGGCAUGCCUUUAAUUGUACUGAAGGGAACAUCACCUGUUAAAGGUGUGAUGGUAUGCUCAACACAGGUGAGUGGUGAGACCUGCUGUGGACAGUAUUCAGAUUCAAAUAUUCUGUUUUUUUCCCCUCCCCCAGCAAGUGGAGAAGCUCCACGAGCAGCAUGAGUUGGAGAAAAAAUUGGCGGAGGUCAAGAUGAACCAGGCCCAGGCCAUCAUCAAGGAACAGGAAGAGAAAUCCAACAAAGAGAGGGAGUUGGUAGGUUGCAAAGCUUGCAUCGUGUCACCAGUAGAGAGUAGAAAGACUAAUACUAACAUGAAAGUAUGCCAUUGCAGUGUUCUAGUCAAUUUCAACAUCACAAUCUUGUCCCAGAUGGGGGGAGGGGGGGGGGGGGUCUGUGGCCUGUGAUUUAAGUAUAAAAAUAUUUUUUAUAUACUCAAACUAAAAUUUAAUUUGUAUUGGUUAAUAGAUUUCAACAUUUCAACACUGGUGCGGAGCUUCACUAGAAUUGAACAGUUUCAUUAUGCUGCUAUUGUUGUUUUUUUUUUUAAAUAGUUUGCUCUGCUUUGGGUACAUCUCCAUGUAAAGCAGGGGUCUCAAACUCGCGGCCUGCGGGCCAUUUGUGGCCGCAAGAUGAUAUUUUGCGGCCCGCGACAUGACAGAAAAUUUAUUUUUAAUGCGGUCCACGUGGUUUCCCCAUUCUCAUAUCUAUAAUGGCCAAAGUGCCGUUUUGAGAAAACACGCUUCGAAUAUUAUAAAUACAUAUUUCAAAAUUUUAAAAAGUCAGUUAGUGGGUAAUGCACAACCAUAAUUGUGUAAAUCGUAGCAAUCUGACACAGUUUCAAAGAAUCCCUAAUAAAAUUGCCGCUAUUGUUUACGAGUGAGGGAAACUCCGAACCUGUCAGCUUGGUCAUUUGUGCUGUCAGGUCUCUGGCAACAAGCAGUGGGAGGAAGAAAGUGAAGCCGAGUUCUUGAGAACCCUUGAAGUUUUUGUUAUUACUAAAGGCUGAGAAGAUUGUAACAUUUUUACUUUAUUGAAUUUUUAAUCGCUUUUUUGUGGAAUACUUGAUGCGGCCCAGUCUAACGCAGACUCUGCCUCCUGCGGCGCCCGGAUAAUUUGAGUUUGAGACCCCUGAUGUAAAGUCAACACAUGCAAACUCUUUGACUAGAUGGACUAGUGACUGACAGAGUCAAACAGAUGGUUGCGGGCAAAGCUAAAAUGAUGGUUGUGGGGAAAGCUAAACAGAUGGUUGUGGGCAAAGCUAAACAGGUGGUUUUGGGCAAAACUAAACUGAUUGUUGUGGGUAAAACUAAACAGGUGGUUGUAGGCAAAGCUAAACAGAUGGUUGUGGGCAAAGCUAAACUGAUGGUUACGGGCAAAACUAAACAGAUGGUUUUGGGCAAAACUAAACAGAUGGUUUUGGGCAAAACUAAACAGAUGGUUUUGGGCAAAACUAAACAGAUGGUUUUGGGCAAAGCUAAAGAGAUGGUUGUGGGCAGGGCUGACAACAACAAAAUCAAUACACUGGCAACCACGAAGCAACCAAAACUUGAAAGGCGGUGUUUCACUGUCAAAGUUCAAGUACGAGUCAUUUUUUUAACUAGCUGGUUUCUAGACUUUUAGCUUGAGUUUAAAAUUGAGCCAAAAGUGUUUCACAUGCCUGAUGAUGUUAUACUUUGAACAUUCUCUGCGCGACUUGGUCUAUAGAGAGUUAACAUUGAUUGAAACUUAGGGAGCAAUGUUUGUAUUUUAAACAUGUGUAAGUGGUCGUCUUCACUAUUAUUCCCAACUUUCCAUUUUGCUCACAGAUGUUGCUCAAGUUGGCUGAGUCAGGGAGGAAGAGUCAGAUUCUUGAAGCACAGGUAUACACACAAAAAAAAAUUUGACAUACCUAACAGAUUAGACUUUGUCUGAACAUCUUCUACCCCCUGCUGCACAAUGUCUUAACAUCUUUUGCCCAUGCUACAUAACAUCUUAAACAUCUUCUACCCCUGCUAGACAAUGUCCUGACAUCUUCUACCCCUGCUACACAAUGUCUUGACAUCUUCUACCCCUGCUCCACAAUGUCCUGACAUCUUCUAUUCUACCCCUGCUAGACAAUGUCAUGACAUUUUCUACCCCUGCUAGACAAUGUCUUGACAUCUUCUACCCCUGUUACACAAUGUCGUGACAUCUUCUCCCCCUGCUAGACAAUGUCUUGACAUCAUCUACCCCUGCUAGACAAUGUCUUGACAUCUUCUACCCCUGUUACACAAUGUCCUGACAUCUUCUACCCCUGUUUAACUAUGUUUUAUCAUCUCUGUUCCCUGCCUUGUCUUAAGACUCUUAUUCACAUUUUUUGUGUGCCUGUCUGAGAAAUUGUUAAGAAAAGGUGUUGUUUAUUCCAAAGGAAAUUGCCUUGAUAUAUUUCCAUUCAUUAAAUAUUCCAGGUGAGCAUGUUCAAGGAACGCUAUGAUGAGUUUGAGCAGCUCCACACUAGAAGCAACGACACCUUCCAAAAAUACAAGACUGAAAUGGACAAGGUAUCUUUCUUCUUCUUCCUCUAUAUUUUGAGGGCCCAUGGUUAAUGUAUUGAUCAUUCUGGCUCCUAUGUAUGUAGAGGGGGGUUCGUAGGCCGGUAAGAUAGUUUGGGACACAGUGAUCAGAUUAGAGGGCAAACAAAGACGAUUCAGGUUUAACGUAAGGUUGCUUUUUUGUCAGAAGUGUAUCAAAGGAUAACGAUUGGUGUUCACUGUGCCAGCGUUUUGUUUCAGAUGACCAAGAGAAUCAAGAAGUUGGAAAAAGAUGGGCUCCAGUGGAAGAAUAAAUGGGAAGGAACCAACAAGGCUCUCAUAGAGCAGAUUGAGGCUGUAAGUCCCAAGUUUUGUAUCCACUGCUUGUUAUUUGGACUGUGCCGAGGGGUUAAACUAAAAUAAAGUGCAAGAAACACUUGCUGGGGAGAAGUUUGUUGCAAAACUUAAUCAGAUUUAAAUGGAGGAAUAAAUUAUGGUAGUAUUGGUAAAAGCUGCUGCAAACCAUGAUUAUGGAAUGGAACUUCGUGUUGACUUCUGUGUUGUUUUGAGUAAUGUAAUCGUGCUGUAUUUUCAUAACAGAGAGGCAAAUCUGAGAAGGAGACUCUCACCUACAUACAGAAGUCCAAGCAAUUGGAAUCUUUGUGUCGAGCCCUUCAGGCUGAGUUACGAGGCAACAAAGUAGCAGACGCUAGCACAAACAAAGCUGGUAAGUAUUUGGGGGAUCUGGUUGUUGGAGGAUUUGAAUGGAAAAUCAAAAUUUCUGUCUCAUUUUAAACACUGGAGUAUUACAUUCAUGUAUUAAUUAUAGCAAUGCCAUGAAGUUCAAUUUAUGAUAGUUUCAUUGAAUUUUAUUCUUUAAAAUUUUCUUUUAGAAAUUUAAAAUUUAAAAUUUAAUUAGAAAAAUUGUGAAUUUAUCUCAAUCUCUGUAGAAGCCUAACAUAUUUCUUCUUUAAAAUGUUUUUGUUUUUUUUAAUGGAUGAAAAAAUAAAAAAAAUACAUCCCAUAUAUAUACUCUAAAACUUUGUCAAUGUUUUCAACAGAAAAUUCUGUGGUAUCAUCCCCACCAAGUGCUUCUGUUGUAGCCAGCACAGAGAGCUCUACCAAUGAAGCGUCACCCUCUACAGCUAUUUCUCCUUCGCCACUGCCAAAGACCUCUGAACCCGUCGCCCCAGCAUCGGCUCUGCCGAAUGAAGCAACAACAUCAAUAUCACCCUCACCAACAUCUCAAGAGUCGCUGUCAUCGUCCCUGCCCGAGACCCAUCAACCCCCAUCAUCGGCAGAAGGGACUGCGGCUGUUUCGGACGUCCCCUCGGUUGUGCCUGCCACCGUCGCAGACGUCCCCUCGGUUGUGCCCGCCACCGUCUCAGAUAUCCCCUCUGUUGUGCCCGCCAGCACCCAGUCUCUAGAUGGCGCUGGAGUCUCUGAGUCGUCCUCUGGUGUAACAUCGAAUCACGCCACAGUAGGCCUAGAAGCUGCAGCACAAGAAACAGUUGCAGCACAAGAAACAGUUGCAGCUCAAGAAACAGUUGAAGCGGUGUGAGGCAUCUUGUCUGUGUCCUGUGCUUUCUUCUAGGAAUGUCUGCCUGUUGCGUGAAGCUUGUAAAACCAUUGCUGUCGUUAUUCUCAUGUUAUGUUAGUGCACACAUUAAGUUCUUUAACUGCUGAAUUCUUUGGGGUUAAAUUAAUAAAGCGGCCAUUGAAGAUGGUGGCUUGUUUAACAAUUGAAAUUGAUAUAAAUGAAAAUACUGCAGUUAUCUUAAAUAUUACCUAUCCCUUGCCUUGAUAGACUUUCAUUUUUUAGACAAGAUCUUCUCAACACUUUAUACGUCCUUAGGACACCUGCAGGCAUCUGCGUAACAGGGCAAUGACAAGAAUUCCUGAAUAAUCUCUCCUACAUCUGCUGUGGAGAUAUAAAGUGUUAGUUUUUUUUUUAAUGAAGGGAGAAGAUUUUUAGCAUUAUGAAAGGGAGAAGAUCUUCUUAUUUACAAAGGGCUGAAAUUAUUUAAUCAAAUAGCAUUAUCUACAUUAGUUUAUAUUUUACCUUGUGAGCACUUAAGAUAUUGUCUACAAAACCUCUGGGACAAAUUUUCACCCCACGUUGCAUGAAGGCUGUAGCCGACCACUAGGCCUUAUAAACUGCAAGAGUUGAAAGGGCUAAGUAGAUCAUGAUGGUUCUAAUCUGAUUAAUUUUUCUGUAUAUGUUUAGAGGUCAUAGUGCUAUAACUAGCAAAUAGCCCGUGACACCUUUUAACUUAAAAAAAAACUAGACUGAAGAUGAAGUGAACAAAAGAUAAUAGUUCAAAUUUUUGAAAAUCAUAAUCAGGCUGCCUAUGUAAAAAAAAAACCAAAAAAAACCAACCCAAUGGCUUCACAAGGAAAAAAAAGUUUUGUAGAAGAUGAUCUCCCUUUCUUGCCAGGCAGCUGUUGAUCAGAUCAAUGGACUUAAGUCAUGUUCAUGGAUGACUGCAAACUUUGCUUCACAACCAUCUCUUUUAAUGAAAUUAUUUUUAGUGUGGUACUUUUGACAGAAUGAUAAAAACUUUUUUUUUUUUCCUAAAGCUUUUCAUGUUAUUUAUUUGUGUGCAUUCUAUUUUCUCUAGCAGCAGACAUCAUUAUAUUUACACUUGAAUCAAGGCUGUGGUGUACCAGGAGCAGAUCUGAUCAAAGCUUAGUGGGUUUUACAUAUUUUUAUUUAUUUAUUUUUUUUUUUAAAAAGGAAGUUUAAAAAACAUUACUUUCAGAUUAUUUUCAUGCACAGUGCAAGUCCUACUUGUGCAUUUUCACCUUUUGAUACUUUUAUGCACUUAAGUUAAGUGCAUAGAAUUAAGAAGUCUAUUUAAAUUUUAAGGCGCCCUAGGUGGUAAAAUCAGUUCAGUUUGUACGGAGACGUAUCAGCUUUUAUACAUAAACCACAUACCUGCUUCAAUAUACUUCCUUGGUUGCGAUGGCUUCUCGGAAAUCAUACCAUUGUAUUGUUUACACUGUGAUGUUAUGUUAAUAAGGCCCAUACCUUGGACGCUGGUACAUUUUUAACUAUUAGUUUUGUAUCUAAAUAAUGUACAUGUACAUUUUUAUUUUUGAGAACAGGUAAACUAAAAAAAAAAAGAAAAAGGUUUUAACCUUUUAUUUCAAAGCUGUUUAUUUAAAAAGAAGGGUGUUAAAAUUUGAAAUAAAACGGUAUCCCAGUUGUAUGUGAUUGAUAAUGGCCACCACGAAUCUGUUCCAUUGUUUUCUGUUUCAUGUCAGUAGGGUAGACAGACUGGUGACAGGACACUGAGUACAUGGCGUUUGAAAUAGGAAUGAUGAUGUGACAUGGCUUAGCUUACAGUAGUUGUUUUGUGACGUCGUCGGCAUAUCUUUCAGUGAGUUGUUGAUCCUGAGUGUUGGCAAUAUACUUUUGAAAAACAUAUCUUUCAGUGGCAGAUUUUGAGCAUAACUAGUCUAGCAUUUAACGCCAUGACAACAUUAUGCAUGCAGCAAGCCAUGGUGCUAUCCACAUACAUGACAUGGCAUUCAUGACCCAGGUCAGCUGGCAUGGACGCACAUGUGACACACUGUAAAUUGUGCUUUCUGACUUGCUGUGACACAUUGUUGACAUCAUGCCAGAUGGGCUACUGGCCUAUCCUGCCGGGCUAUUGGCCUAUCCUGCCAGGCUAUUGGCCUAUCCUGCCAGGCUAUUGGCCUAUCCUGCCGGGCUAUUGGCCUAUCCUGCCGUGGCAUUAAACUAGGAAAUAAUGGUGAGACAUUUGUGCUUUAAUGGUGAUUUAGUAUUAAACUAGAUUUGAGCUUUGAGGGCCUUGAAUCAAGUACCAACUUCUCUCUCAUCUUGUAAAGUAGUAUUAUACUAGUAUAAACUAAUGACUUGUUCAUAUUUUAAAAUAAAAUACAAAAACGUGCUCUUCUCUUUUCCCAACAAUAAAAACUCAUUUUUAUAUUUUG